AUUGGACUUGCUUUUGUUGUGGUUGAUUUUCUGCCUCCGACGUGGAGCGAUCUAUUUAUAUAUCUAUUUUGGUUUAUUUUGGAACCACCACAUAUUCUCUUCAGCAUAGGAAAAAUAUAUAUGCCCAAGCAUUGGCACUUUCUGUGAAACCAUUAAACACUUACUCAAAGAACGACUGCUAGAUAUUGACGUUGUGCAACGCCGGCUCUGAUUGGGAAAUCCUCGUCAGAUUCAAUCGGCCAGAAAUUUAUAGAUUUUUCAUCGGACAAGAACAUAUUAAUAUCGGUGUCAAAACAAUUAUGGCCAUUAUGUAACGCCCCGAUUCCUGUCCAGCACACUUUGCACACCAGCGACACCCAAAGGCCGACCAAUCGCCUACACCAUGGACAUCCUAAUCUUUCUGACGGCGGCGGCCCACUUGGUCUACACGCCCUUUACGAAAGUGGAGGAGAGCUUCAAUCUCCAGGCCAUGCACGACAUCUUAUAUCUGCGGAACAACUUUACGCAGUACGAUCACCAUGACUAUCCGGGCGUGGUUCCACGCACCUUUAUCGGUCCGCUGGUGGUGUCCAUGAUCUCUGCCCCGUUCGUCCUUCUCUUCGAGACCCUCAGCAUCAACAAGUUCUGGGCCCAAUAUGUAGUGCGUCUCGUGCUAGCUGGAGCCAUAUCUGUGGCCUGGAACAAUCUACGGCAGGCGGUGACAAAGAUUUACGGAGUUGAGGUCCGUCUGUGGUUCACAGCCAUCACGAUUACGCAGUUCCACUUCAUGUUCUACAUGACUCGGCCUCUGCCCAAUAUCUUUGCACUGCCGAUGGUGCUCUUUGCCAUUGCCUAUUGGCUGCGCGACCAGCACAAGCCAUUCAUCAUCUGCUCUGGCAUAUCCAUCCUCGUCUUUCGAUCCGAGUUGGCGUUAUUUUUGGGUAUUUUGCUGGUGGUGAGCCUCCUACGGCGAACAGUCUCUAUUGACGGGCUACUCAAAGUUGCUGUGCCGGCGGGCGUCUGCAUUUUGGCCGCCACAGUGCUAGUGGACUCGUUCUUUUGGCGCCGCCUCCUUUGGCCCGAGGGAGAGGUGCUAUGGUACAACACCAUACUCAACAAGAGCUCCAACUGGGGCACUUCGCCCUUUCUAUGGUACUUUUACUCCGCCCUGCCACGUGCCAUGGGUGCAUCGCUGGUGCUUGUACCCAUCGGCGUCACAUUGGAGCCACGUAUUCGGCCAUUGGUCUUGUCAGCUCUUCUCUUUGUCCUGUUGUACUCCAUUCUGCCCCACAAGGAGCUGCGUUUCAUCAUCUACGUGUUUCCAGUUCUCAACAUUGCUGCAGCUUGCGCAUGCCAGCGAAUUUGGAUGAAUAGCGCCAAGUCAACGUGGCAUAGCUUCCUGGCGCUCGCCUGUGGGGCCCAUCUCCUGUUAAAUGUAUUUAUGACGGUCUUUUUACUUGUCAUUUCGGGCACUAACUAUCCGGGCGGAGCUGCCCUAUCCCGAUUGCAUCGCUUGGAAGCUGGUAGCUAUAAUGUCUCCGUUCAUAUUUCCAACUUGGCCGCCCAGAGCGGCGUGUCGCGUUUUAUGGAAAUAAAUAAUGACUGGACUUACAGCAAGGACGAGACAAUGAACUACACCCAAGCGGAUUUGGACGCAUACACACAUCUUUUGGUGGAGGCGAAAAACAAGCAAAACACUGAACUAUGGGCAUCGCUCCAAAACGACUUCGAUACGCUGGAGUUUGUAGAUUGCUUCAACAGCAUUGGCAUUCAAUACAAUUCUCUGCUGCCGGUGCGAAUUAAAACGAAGCCUUGCAUCGGUAUACUAAAAAAGAGACAAGUGCCUCCAAAAGAGGAAUCAAAAACAAAAGAGAAAAAACCUAAAACUAAGGCAUCCCCGGUUGAAAAAGAAACGCUAUUACCUCAUGUGAAAGAUGUUCCAAUAGUGAUAGCAGAUACGAAAAUGAAAUCCAAGCUACAAGUCGAACCGGAUGAUGAUGAUGGCAUCGUGGCAACUGUGGAGGAGAUGUCGCUAGAACUUGAAACGGAUAUUGAACCUCAAGCUGGGGCAGAGACCAUCGAAGCGCCCUUAAAGGAGAUCAACUUCCAGGAGCUGCGAACCCUCGCGUUGGGACAGGCAACCAAGAAGUCGAGAGCAGCCACCAAGAUGAAGAUUCGACAAAUUAUUGAGCAGCACUACCGGGCCAAGGGCAAACAAAUCGAAAACGACUCCGCAGAGACCCACAAAACCCAAGGACGAGCUGGAUUACGGCAGUCCGUAAAGUCCAUCAUAAAGCAGGAGAAGAUCAAGGAAAUGAUCGAACAGAUUGCCACGAUGGAUCUGACACGCAUGUGCGAUUUGGAAAAGACAUCGACUAAAGAUUGCUUAAAACAGGUCAUUGACAAAAUAGAUGACAGCGAGGUUUUGAAAUCCAAAUGACAAAACGUAUCAUACGUUAAACAGUUUUUUAAAUUAAAAUAAGAGUUUGUUAACGGCACAGUUGUAAAAAUUUAAAAUAAAAACAAGAAUGAAAGCGAGUAUUGGCAAUAAA